CGGCGGCUCCGGCGGCGGCUCCGGCUCCGGCUCGGUCGCGGCCGCCCCGGCGGCGAGUGCCGGUGCCCGCGGCGGCCUCGCAGCCGCCUCCUCCCGCUUUCUCGCGGCUCCCCCGGCUCCGGCGCGGCCAUGGCGCAGUACAAGGGGGCGGCGAGCGAGGCCGGCCCCCUGCAGCUCAUGAAGAAGCGCGAGCGGCAGCGGGAGCACAUGGAGCAGAUGCGGCAGCGCAUCGCCGAGGAGAACAUCAUGAAGUCCAACAUCGACAAGAAGUUCUCGGCCCACUACGACGCCGUCGAGGCCGAGCUCAAGUCCAGCACCUGUGGGUGAGCGCGUUUGGUGACCCUCAACGACAUGAAGGCGAAGCAGGAGGCGCUGGUGAAGGAGCGCGAGAAGCAGCUGGCCAAGAAGGAGCAGUCCAAGGAGCUGCAGCUGAAGCUGGAGCGCCUGCGCGAGCGGGAGCGCAAGCAAGAGGAGAAGCGGAAGAUCUCCAGCCUCUCCUUCACCCUGGACGAGGGCGAGGAGGAGGAGGAGCGCGAGGAAGAGGAGCCCGACAAGGACGCCACAGAAGAACCCCCAAAAAAGCGGAAACUGGGUAAAAACCCAGAUGUUGACACCAGCUUCCUGCCCGACCGUGACCGCGAGGAGGAGGAGAACCGGCUGCGGGAGGAGCUGCGCCAGGAGUGGGAAGCCAAGCAGAGAAGAUUAAGAGUAAGGCGGGGGGGGGGCGACGAGGAGAUCGAGAUCACCUUCAGCUACUGGGACGGCUCGGGCAACCGGCGCACGGUGAAGAUGAAGAAGGGCAACACGAUGCAGCAGUUCCUGCAGAAAGCCCUGGAGAUCCUGCGCAAGGACUUCAGCGAGCUCCGGUGGGCUGGGGGGGGGG